UGGGUGCGGGGCACAGACCGCCUUAGGCGACGCUUCAGAGGAGGGCAUCAUCCGGUGUGCUGCUUUUCCAGUCUCGGGGUCUGCUGGGCAGAAAAGCAAGUCACCUCCCUUUCCUAUUCACAGACCUGGAAAAAGCUGUUGGAAGAGAAGAGAGCAGCAUUAAGAAAUGAUGUCAAAUAUAGUGGGUGCACCACUGCCGUUGCUACUCCUGCCAUGCUUUGGACCAGCCUUGCUAGGCCCAUUCUUUCUCUGUUUCAGGCUGAAGGGGAGCUGAGAGACGAGUGCGAGAGGAAAGCACAGCAGUUGCAAGAAAUGGGACGCAGGGAGCGCCUCAUGAAGUCGGACAUGGACCGGGCAGCAACACAGGCGCAGGGCUUUAGAAACCAAAUCGCUGAAAUACUGUUUUUCCAACUUCCGGAGAAGUCAGUGACGGACCAAGAGAUUAUGGAGAAGAUACAGCAAAUCCAAGCGGCCAACGUGGAGUAUUGCCAGAAGGAGAUGGAGCUGAGGGAAGAAAUGCACGUCAAUGAAUCCGAAAUGGAGGAAAUGUCGGAAAACGUG